CAGACAGAUACACUGACACCGUGGAUACACACAGACAGCUCGCUGCUCCUGCGGGACAACAGAGCAGAGCCACGGGGAGAAUGGGACACAGAGGUGGAGGUGCAGGCUGUGCACCAACACCGGGAUGUGCUGGCAGUGUGACACUAGCUAACGUUAGCUAGCUAACCAAGUAGCCGCUCAGUGCUGCAGCUGGAGGUGAGCCUUGUUCCGUUUCAACAUGAACCGACUCGUGUGAGAGGAUGAUGGCUGAAGGAUAACAUCCAAGGAGUCACGUUCCCUCAACCCAAAGUGACCCCGCUCUCCCCCCUCUUUUUUUUUCUUUCAUCUGCACGUCUGCAACCCCUUGCUGAACUUCUGCGAGUCCUGUCUCCACUCACUGGCCCAUCUGUAUGGGAUUUCAUGGAGUUGAUGCAUUCCACAUGUCUUUGGGCCAUGGUUCGAAAGAAAGGUUCUCUUAUACUAUGUGGUGCUUUCCUGUUUGUCGCCUGGAAUGCUUUGCUGCUUCUUUAUCUUUGGGGUCGACCUCCAAUCGGCCGCCUUGGGGAAGGCGGUGGAGCUGAACCAGGAGGAAAGGAGGAGUGGGGCGUGGGCAGAGGAAAAGGGAGCAGGGUCAACCUGGCCGGGGAGGUGAUUCGACUGGCAGAGGAAGUCGAAAUUCAGCUCGAGACUCAGAAAAAGCUGCUGAAGCAGAUUGAAAGUCACAGGGCGGUGUGGGCUCGCCAGAAAGAUGUUGGAAAAAGAGAAACGGACAAUACAAAAGAAGUCAAAGUAGAGGUCGUCCAUCAGCCACCGAAGCCUCCACUUUCUCUAAAAGACAAAGGGGACGACAGGGACCAAUCUGAAGACAAACAUACAGAACAGAAGCUUGUCCCCACAGCUGCUCCCAACGUUAAAUUAGAACAAAACCAGGCCAAUGAAAUCAAGGAGGAAGUUGUUGACAACAGUGAAUUAGUGACUUCAGCUGCGAGUCCACAAGUCGUCAUUCCUAUUCUAGUCAUCGCCUGUGACAGAGUGACGGUAAAACGGAGCCUUGACAAACUCAUACAGUACCGCCCCUCUCCAGAACUCUACCCAAUCAUAGUCAGCCAGGACUGCGGCCACGCCGAGACAGCUCGUGUGAUUGGCUCCUACGGCAACCAAGUGACUCACAUAAGCCAACCAGACUUGUCGGACAUCAGAGUCCGGCCAGAGCACAGGAAGUUCCAGGGCUACUACAAAAUCGCUCGACACUACCGCUGGGCUCUCAACCAAGUGUUCAACACCUUCUCCCAAUCCACUGUGGUCAUAGUGGAGGAUGACCUAGAGGUGGCACCAGACUUCUUUGAGUACUUUCGAGCCCUGUACCCAAUCCUACGCUCUGACCCGACCUUGUGGUGUGUUUCGGCCUGGAACGAUAACGGCAGAGAUGCCUUGGUGGAUCCAUCCAAAGCCGAGCUGCUCUACAGGACAGACUUUUUCCCCGGUCUGGGCUGGAUGCUGCUGAAGGAGAUGUGGGACGAACUCGAACCCAAAUGGCCCUCUGCAUUCUGGGACGACUGGAUGCGUCAACCAGAACAGCGCAAGGAACGUUCCUGCAUCCGGCCUGAAAUCUCCCGGACUAUCACCUUUGGCCGAAAAGGCGUCAGUUUAGGUCAAUUCUUUGACCAGUACCUUCGCUAUAUUAAGCUAAACACUGAAUUUGUGCCUUUUACCAAACAGGAUUUGUCUUAUCUGCUAAAAGAGAAGUAUGAUGAAACGUUUAUCAAAGAGGUUUACAGCGCCCCUCUGGUGAAGAUUGAGGACCUGCAACAGGGGGGGAGUUUAAAAGGAGCCGGUCCAUACCGGGUGCAGUAUUCUAGCCGGGACAGUUUUAAAGUCUUUGCUCGAAAUCUCGGGGUGAUGGAUGACUUGAAAUCUGGAGUCCCUCGUACAGGUUACAGGGGCGUGGUCAGUUUCUUGUACCGGGGUCGAAGGGUGUUCUUGGCUCUACCAGAGGGUUCAAUGAAGUAUGACAUCAGCUGGAGCUGAGAGACUGAUCCAGACUCUACAAUGUGAAUGGUAUUGAAGAGGGGAAGAGAGCCUGACACAGAGGAACACCCUCUCAGACCAAAGAGUAUUAUCUGACAUAAAGGAUCAUGAAGGAAUUACAGCAGCACAGACAGGGUUGCACAUCAGUGGAGCUGGGAGAUCAAGGAGUGUUGAACCAGGCCUGUUUGUCAGGAAGCUUCUAAAAUCGGGUGCUUAUUCAGGAUCAGCAAGUUCAACAGCCACACGGACUUCACAAAGAGUUCAAACUUUUAUGAAAGGAAAAUUCCACCCCUAAACACUGUUUAAAAACAACUACUGGCAAUGUGCCUUGCUUUCUGGGCCCAUUUUGUUUGGUGUGUUUUUUACUCCUGUGAAUAACUGGCCAAAUGUAGAGUUCACAUCAUGUCCAGACAUAUUCAGCAGCUGUAAAUGAUGGUAACAGAAAAUGAUUACAAUGAUUUCAGUGUCAGUGAUAAUGCACUGGAGGCCAAGCAGCAGCACAGUGUCAUGUCUUGAACUUGGGGGAAGAACAUUGCUAAAUGUAAGAAAAAAAAAAAAAAAAAGAUGAUCCAAGAUUUUGACACACCGCAAUAUUUUUUUCAAUGUUAGGCAUAAAAAAAAUCUCAAGUUGAAACUGAACCAACUCUUGAGAUCAUGUUACUGUUUAAGUCUAUAAAACUAAUCAGAAGCAGAGUUGCGUGCAAAGGAAAACUAAAAGCUUCUACAAAGUUUUAGGUGGUAAACAAAGGGCAUAUUCAGUGCUGAACAGUCAUUACAUGAUGAUAGAGGCCUGAUGGUUACCAUUAACGAUGAAAGGCUUCUUCACCAAUGAUACACAGAGAAAGAAUUACAGAAGAAGACAGAACACCACUGUCUCCACCUACAGCAGUCCCGAUCCAGGACCAUCAAACUCUGUAUCACAGUCCUGCUUUGAUAUGUGCUGGAACUUAACAGUCCCUGAGCAGCUCAUACACAGCAAGAAUAUUGAAAGUGUACACACAACAAAUGAUGAGACAGAGGCAAGUUAACCAGAAACAUGAUUUAGUCAAACCAAAAAAGGUUUCAUUUAUUGAAGUCAGUACAAGCCAUGUAAAAUCAAAUAUGUCUGACUGGAGUGCUCACAGCUAUUUGAAAGAGCUUACCACUUCUAGUAUUAAUGUAACAUAUGAUCUGACCACUAGUGGCAGCACUGAGCUCUGGUCUCUUAUAUUCUCUAAUGAAUUUCAUGAGCUGCUCGAUGACACAAAUGGCAGUCCUGGAUCAGGGCCAUGCCUACUGUAGCAUCAUACGAACACUUGGAUUCCCACAGACCUUGAAGUAUAUAAAGACCCCAAAAAGAAAGUAAUACUAUGACACAAUAAUCCUGAGUGUGUAUAUGUGUAAGUGUGUGAGAAUCAAAGGUGGAGUUUUUCUUGAAUUACCAGCACUGCUGUCCUUAGAUCAGUUUCUGAACAUGGCCUUGAAAGCAGUGUGUUGACGGCACAACACUAAAAACGCAGAGAUGAUUCUCACUGUACGAUGGUCUCAGUCUGCUUCAAACGCACUCGUUUGUCUUGUCCAACCAUGUCUAAAUGCCAAAGUGCUUGUAGCUGUUCCAAGUGUCUUUGAAGUCCAGCACGAUGAAUUGAUAACAGUGCACACUUUGUCUCUCCUAAAAGGCAUCGAUAUGAUGGUUGAAGGAAAGUUUCCCCUCUGCUCUCUGAGGGUUCCAUCACACCUUGCACUGCGGCUCAACAUGGUUUCUAAAUGUGAAGAAAAAUGUGUCUAUAUGAAGGAUAAAUCUAUAAUGUGGAAGGCUAUUUUGAAGUUAUUACUGUUGUGAACUUGAAGUUCUAACAACUUUGCCCACCUGCAUCGGAGAGUCAAACUGAGUCUGAUUUUACUGAUGAUCACCCUGAAGGCCUGUUACAGGGAAGAUAUAAUUACAUGACAUCCAAACCAUGGUUUGGUCAGCUUAGGUUUGUUGAAAAACCAAUGAUUGUCUAAUAGUUUUUAUUUGUUUCUGCAACGAGAAGGCAGGCGAGUGGCUAGAGAAAUGAUUAUCACUGUACUGUAUUUAGCUUUGGGAGAUUAUCCACGAGAUUGAUUGAUUGAUUGAUUGAUUGAUUCCCAUGUCUGUAUGGUGAUGUGUAAAACCACUGCCUGAUGUGUUUAUAACUUUAAUACAUUAUAAAUAAAAUCAACUAUUUUGA